UUUCUAUAUUUUCAGUGAUCGAUGCACGUAUCCAUAGUAAUGAUGGAUAUGUAUAAAAUGGUAUAAAAUAGAAUUAUAUCGGUUUAUAGGUUGACUUGGAGUAUUAUACGACAAAUCACUUACAUCGUACGAAACUGAUCGAAACUCGAUCACAAUGUUCAGUAUUAUUUUUUUCAUUCUACUAUUGACCAAAUUUUACAGUACUUAUUGCGAAAAUUUUGAUAUCGAUACGAAUGGAUAUAUUGUUUACUGUCCGUGUAUGGGAAGAUUUGGAAAUCAAGCAGAUCACUUUUUAGGUGCUUUAGGAUUUGCGAAAGCAAUAAAUCGUACUCUGGUUCUACCACCAUGGGUUGAAUACAGAACUGGAGAAACUAAAUCAAUACAAGUUCCUUUUGAUAAAUAUUUUAAUGUUUCACAAGUACAAAGUUGCCAUAAAGCAAUAGUAAUGGAGGAUUUCAUGGACGAUAUUGCUCCAAAAAUAUGGCAACCUAAGGAAAGAGUAUCUUUCUGUUACUCUGCACGUGGUAAAAAAGAUUCAUGUAAUGCUAAAGAGGGAAACCCGUUUGGUCCAUUCUGGGACACAUAUAACAUAGAUUUUGUAAAAUCAGAAUUUUAUGGUCCUCUUCAUUACGAUGUCUAUCAUACAGACAUGGCUGUACAAUGGCGAAAGCGAUAUCCUGCAGUAAGUUGGCCGGUAUUAGCAUUCACAGGUGCACCUGCUAGUUUUCCUGUUCAAUUGGAAAAUAAAAAGUUACAUAAAUGUCUCCAAUGGAAUACGGCAAUGCUCGACGAAGCGAAAGCAUUUAUAAAACAAAAAUUGUCAAAGGGAGCCUUCAUUGGAAUACAUUUGCGUAACGGAAUUGAUUGGGUUCGUGCUUGCGAAUUUAUUUCAAGCACGCCAAAUCUUUUCGCUGCUCCUCAAUGUCUUGGUUAUCGAAAUGAACGCGGAAAAGCAACUUCCGCUAUGUGUCUACCAUCGUUCGAUUUAAUAGUGCGUCAUCUCAAACGUGUCAUACGCAAUGGUAACGACGUCAAAUCAGUGUUUGUUGCAUCCGAUAAUAAUUACAUGAUCGAAGAACUUACUAAAGCGCUGGCACGUAUGGAAGUAUCAGUUUUUAAACAAGAUCCGCCUGCAUCGCCCCAUUUAGAUUUAGCUAUUCUAGGAAGAGCAAAUUACUUCAUAGGAAAUUGUAUUUCUUCUUUCUCAGCUUUUGUUGCAAGAGAAAGAGAAGUUAAAGGUUAUCCUUCAUUCUUUUGGGGCUUCCCUACAGAAAGAUCUUCGUAUUCUAUUACACACGAAGAAUUUUAAUAAAAUAUCUAUUUCUUCCACAUACUUUCAUUCCUUAUUUGUUAGCAUACUAAUUACUGUACCGUCUCCAUUAAAUAACAGAAAUCCUGGAAGUAUAAUCGAAUUGAAUUCUUUUUAAUGUACAGUGAAUUCGAUCUCUAUUUAUGUAAUAUAUAUUUUGUAUGUAUGCAUGUAUUUUCGUGUUAAAUACAGUAUUAUUUUUUAAAACCUUU